AUCAGUUUGGUGAGCUGUGAUUCUCGGCAGCGCAUGACACAUCUGGAUGGAGGCAGUCGGUGAAGGGGAGGUGUGUGUGUGUGAGAGAGAGAGAGAGAGAGAGAGAGAGAGAGAGAGAGAGAGAGAGAGAGAGAGAGAGAGAGGGAGACAGAGAGAGGGAGAGAGAGACAGAGAGAGAGAGAGAGAGAGGCAGCACAUACUCAGUCCGCGGAACCUCGCGCACACAAAUGGAGAGGGAACCAGCAGAAGGCAUUAUUUCUCCAUGCACCGAAUUAUUUUUCCUGUGCCUUGGCGGUGCGAUGUAAAGUCAAGAGAUGGCUGAGAAUAAAACUAAUGGGGACAGAAGAAGUGAGGAUGAAGGAAGAGGAAGAGGCGGACUAACUAAAUCGUCCUCAAACCCCAGUCGUGGACAAUCCCCAGGGACCAAGAGGCAUCUUCCUCGAGGGAUUGUGAUCCAGCUUACCGGGACAGAGGGAGAAUGGGACAGUCUGGACGACAGUGAGCUCAUCUUCUCCCUCGACCACGAAGACGACUACCCCUCCAUAUCUCUAUCCAAAGUAAGGCAGCUUUCUGUCGAGGAUGACAGAAAGUUGCAUUCCCAAGCUUUCCACGUUCCACUUUCCCCCUCUUCUCCUGGCUCUCUGGGAAACCUCUCCACCACCGGUUCCAGCUUCCUUUCCCCAACCGUUUCCUCUCCCAGCCAUAGACCCCUCUCAAAGUCUCUCUCGACGGAGCUGGAUAUCAAAGAAGGUGCCACUCUCAGACCUAAACCCUUUCUCAGCCUCGUGAAGUCGAUAUCCACCGAGAUCUCCCGCUCAGAGCCGGCGGUGUCGCAGUCAAAAUCAGACUCCCGCUUGAACCUCCAUCUGUGGAAGCAGCUCACCCAAAAACCAAAAACCCGAAGCAAUGGCGACUCUCGCACUGCGCCGCCGUCUCCAUGCGCCCACUCCCCAAGUGGAGAGGGGCGAGUGGGUUUCUUCAAAAUGGAGUUGGAGGACACCAAGAGGAAACUCUCGGAGGCCGUGCACGAGCCUCUGAGCAGCAUGUUCAGUAAGAUCAUGAGAGAAGAUAGCGCAAUGAGUCCCAAACACCAGACUAAAAGCCAGGGGGCUCAGCAGGUCAGCUCCAGAAGUUUAGGGCGUGAAGGUAGCACUGACACAAAUCUCUCCGAAUCUCCUGUGAGGAACACUAAGAGAACAGACGCUGACGUAUUGCCAGUGUUUGACUGGCCUUCUGUUAAAUCUCCUGGGAGAAUCCACCAUAUUUCCUGUCCUUUGCAUCACAACAGACAACAUCAAAGGGAUGAGGAGCUGGAAAUAUGUACAGAUGGAGACGUGAUGCAAGUGUUAGCCGUGGAGUCUCAUAGGCAGGCGAGGAGAUCACCUACCGAUGAACCACCCAUGGUUAGGACUUCUUCUCUUUCUCAGCCCCAUCCUCUUCCACGCAUGACUUUGUUCAGCGUUGCAUUGCUCUCCUAUGGAUACUUCAUCCUGCCUCUCAGUCCGUACGUCUCUGGCCUGGCUCUGGGAUUAGCUUUGGGCUUCUUGCUGGGACUGUUGCUCAUUAGGAUGGGUACCCCCAGGUCCCGCUGCUCGGAUCCUUCGUACAGACCAACACAGACUCUGCUGGGAGAGGAGAUCCUGACAGGUGCCACCAUCAGCUCUGAACCUGACACUCUGAAGGGCUGGAUGAAUGAAAUACAUGAUUACGACCCAGAAACCUUCCAUCCAGCUCUGACUCAUUCGGUGUUUUCCUCCCUGGAGGGCUCCUCUCUCCGUCUGGACUCUCCGCGAAACAACAUCAGCCGCAGGGCCGCAUACGAUGAGAGGGUCCAGGAGGCCGCCUUCGUCAAGUCACGCUCCUUCCAGCUCGCAAAAAGCAAAGUAUUCCUGCUGCCACCUGUUCUGGCUCGGAAGAGGAUGUGGAACCCAAAGUAUCCCAUCUGCAUCCAACUGGCCGCCGGAGCGAACUCUCAGGAGGACGAGGGAGGAAAGUGGGAGGAGAGUCGGGAAGAGGGACCGGAACCUGGAAGUCCUCAACAAAGAUCCAUUCCCAGGACCCUUUACCUCUUCGGACGCACAGGAAGAGAGAAAGAAGAGUGGUUUCGUCACUUCCUGCUAGCGUCCACGGAUCCAGAGAGGGAAAAGGAGAGAGAGCCAGGCAGAUGUGAGUCCAGAUUGGGUGACCCAGCGUUGGCACACAGCGUUUCUGCCCAAGCUAACGUCCCGAGCAACAGAGGCCCAAGCAGAAUAGGCAGCAGUGAUGAAGACGCCACCUUCAUCCCUCCAGCACCCAGCCUCCCUGUCAGUCAGACCUCCAGCAGCACCAGGGGCCUUUCCCUGCUAGACUACCAGGGAUACAUGUCCCGUCUCCUGGCCAAGGAGGAGCUCACCCCCCUUUCCAGUCCUGGAGCCAGCAGCAGUGCAGAACCGAGCCCCACCACCAUCAAAGGGAAUUGUACCUGCGAUUUAGCAGAGCAUCCUGGGACGAGCCAGACUGCGUGGGCCAACGCUCUAAUUGGUCGACUCUUCUGGGACUUCCUGCGAGAGAAGCACUGGGCCGAUGUGGUUUCCUGCAAGAUCCAGAAGAAGCUGAGCAAAAUCAGACUGCCUUACUUUAUGAAUGAGUUGACUCUGACUGAGCUGGAUAUGGGCAGCUCUGUGCCGCAAAUCACCGCUACCUCCAGACCAGAAGUCAACCACAGAGGCCUGUGGGUGGAACUGCAGCUGGUUUACACCGGCGCCUUGCAGAUGACCCUGCAGACCAAGUUCAACCUGUCCAAGCUGGGGAAAGAGGGCGGUCAUGAUGCAGAUUGUACGACAGAAACUCGUAGCCCAUGCUGCAGGCCAAUCUUCAGCGUGUUGGCGGACAGCGACGAGGAGUCCUCCAGCGCUGGGUCCUCUGAUGAGGAAGAGCUGCUCCUAUCAGAGCCUCAGGGCCCGGUGGGAGACAAGGGAUCCACACCAGCUACUGAUGGGACAGGGGGCGGAAAGACUGGGAGGAAGAUUUUGAGGUUUGUGGACAAAAUCGCUAAAUCCAAGUAUUUCCAGAAGGCGACGGAGAACGAGUUCAUAAAGAAGAAGUUUGAGGAGAUGUCCAACACGCCCCUGCUGCUCACUGUGGAGGUUCAGGAGCUGUCGGGCACUCUGGUCGUCAACAUCCCACCGCCCCCUACGGACAGGAUAUGGUACAGCUUCUGCGUUCCCCCCAAACUGGACCUGCGUGUCCGUCCCAAACUCGGGGAGAGGGAGGUGACUUUCUGUCAUGUGACCGAGUGGAUUGAAAAGAAACUGCAGGAUGAGUUCCAGAAAGUGUUUGUGAUGCCAAAUAUGGACGACAUAUACAUACCCCUGAUGCAUUCUGGGACGGUCAGCCCUGGAGCCUCUCAGUCCCAGCGCUCCCACUGCUCCUCCACAGAGUCCAUCGAGAGGAUGCCCCCCGAGAUCUCAGUCUGACUAGUGCCUCGUGUUGAUGAUCACAUAUAAGGAGCGUUGUGGGUAAUAUUCAGAGGAAAAAAACUCUGAAUUUUAGAGAUUAAACCUGCAGUUAGUAAAAAUAUGGUUACAUUUGCUGAGACUGUCACUUAAUCAUGACAGAUAUUCUUUGAACAAGUCAUGUUCCUUUUAAAGUCAUACAUUUGCCAGAAGAAAGUUGGACAAGUGUUAAAUAUACAAGAAGAAGAGAGAUAGUCAGAUAAUAUGACCAAUAUUUUACUUUAUACAUUUAUGACCCUAAUUUUCAGACUUUUAAAUGUAUUUCUUCAAUAUUACCCCCCUUGCGGUCUUUACCCUGCAAAUUGGAUCCCUAUAUUAUAAGUGGGAACAGGGGAGAAGCAGAGAAAAUGAGAACAUCAAGUAACAUUUUGCUCUAAAGGUUUCAAAAGCUCUCAAACCGAUUUAUACUUUGAGUUUUUUAAGGUCUGAUGUUUAGCGCUGCAGGUGUUUGGGUGGCUAAUGGAGAAUCUGGGGUUUGUUUGUUCAGAUUCCUGUGCAUAGUGUGCAAACAAAGAACUACAAGUGUUACCUUUUACAAACGUUUACAUGGAAAUGAUCCCUAUGAGAUUAUGUAAAUAUCUGUAUUUUUUUUUGCUGCUUUGAUGUUUACAGCUUAAUGUAAUUUUGGAUAUAAAUGAUGGACUUUAUUAAAUAAAACCUAAGUAAAACAUUUGCCAUUUUGUAUCUCCUCCAUGACACAGCUAAUGAGAAAUGUUUAUGAGACAAGAAACACAUGACAUUUCCUCAUUAGAUGAUUAUGGUAAGAAACGCUCAUGAAAUAAAGAAAAAAAAAAUCAAUGAUGAAGAAGUAAAGCAGGAAAGGAAUGAUCCCAACUAGGGAUGGGUAUCGAGAACCGGUACUAAGUCAGUACCGGUACC